AUGGAUUUGUCCAUUUUCAAGAGUAAUGUUAUCUUUAUCUUUGAGUUCUGCAAAUUGACAGAUGAUCAGCAAGACUUUUCAGUUCGACAUUGCCUUGAUUUGGCUUUGUCUCCUGUUGUUGAGGAUUCUGAAAUUAAAGACGCAAAUUGCCAGACUGUUUAUACUAGGUUGAGCAUAUUUAUGAGUUUUGUUGAUUUUAUGUAUUCAAGUUACAACAGAACACCAAAGAUUACAAAGAGACCUCCUUAUAAAGACAUAAAAUGCAAUGAUCCAAGAGUUAGAAAAAUCCUUGAUUACGCAUCUAGUAUCCAGUAUUUUUAA